AACCUGGCCUAACCUGGCCACCUUGCCCCUAAAGCCACUCAUUUUCGCUCUGCUCGCGUUCCGUAAAAGUUUCAUUCUGGUCGUCGACACUCGAAAGAGCGCUUCUUCGCUAUCUAUCCGCCGCGCGCGCGCGGCGCCCGUGGCGCCCCGCCACCAAAAGAGCUGUGGCCCAUUGAGUGCCUCUUUCCGCCGCGCAGGGACACAAACCAAACAAGCAUGGCCGGCAAAACCUUCGCCGACGACGAGCAACCGCUCCUCAAUGAGCAGAAGCCCAAGUCCUCGCUGACGCGCGUCGCCGUCCUCGCCGUCGCGUGCUCGUUCGUCCUCGGUUCCGUGGCCGGUACCGUAGUCCACCGCGGCGGCCACCCGUGUGGAAUACGCGCCGCACGCCGUCGACGCGACGUUGGCCCCGGGAAUCGAACACGUGGUCCAGGAGGCACCACGCUAACGAAGAAGAGAAGUUAAGCGGCCCGUAGCGCGUUAUAAGUUGUUUUCCCCACACAGGCGGCCGCGUCGGAGCCAUGACGCGCCUCGACGACGUCGCUUCCAAGGACAUCACCGCCGACCAGAUUACGGGCGAGGACGCGCCCGCCCCGGCCCCGGCGCCCGGGUCCGUACCCAAGCAGAUGCCCACUAGCUGCUAUGAAGGGGGUCAUCUGGCGGGCUAUGGAACGGAUCUCGCCAUGGAGGGAAAGUCUUCCGACUGCUCCUUUAUGAAGUUUGCUCCUGCUACGGACUGGGCUACCUUUGGGGAUGGAUCUUAUGACGAUAGUUGGAUCUUAUGCCUCUUCCCCGAAGGUGUCCACGCAGCGCCGGGGUGCCAACAAGCGCAUUGCUCCUCGCCGGAGGUUUGCGCGAGAGAGGGCGGCGAGAACCUGGGGCAACCCAAGCACCACGACGGCGCGCUCGCCUGGUCGACGGGAUUCGCGGCGGUGACGGUCGCGGCCUCGACGGUCGCCUUCCUCUAGUCCGUCGCUACGUGCAGUGGUACGUCUCCCCUCCCUCCCCCCGCGCUGCGCCGUCGUACUUCUCUGUACUUCGGACGCGCACAACGUAUAAAACCCUUUAGUGA